ACGGUAAUUAUCCAUCCACAGAAUGAUUUGGUGACGUCCUAUUCAAAGAUGGCGGUGACGAGUAAGCCAUGUUUUUUGUGAUGUUCGUGCAGUAGACAAAUUUUUCAGAUUUGUAAAUCGUAUAAGCAAAAUGGCUGAUGAUGAUCCGUGGUUAUUAAAAGAAGACGGAUACUUGAAUGUUGACGCCGAGUGUAAAAGCAUAAUCUAUCAUGCGAAUUUAAAUGUAUUACUGAUUACUACUAGCAAGGCGCAAGUAUACGUAUUUGAUGUCAACUCUGGCGUAAUUUUGCAAAGAAGUUCUCUUUCAGGUAAACCAAAUAAGAAAUUACAAGGUAUAUAUUUAGCUGAUGGCAUAGACAAGGUAUUAUAUACUGAUGGAAGUGGUAUUGGUGUACGUAGCGAUUACAAUGGUGUCCUAUUGCUGGAUACUAUUUUACAAACUCCUGUCUCACGUAGCGAAGACGUCGUAAAAUUAGAACUUCUGCUCUCUGAAGCUACAUUAUUACAUCAAAGUUUGCGAUAUAUGGAUUUACCUGGGAUUGAUCAUGUACAAGAAGUUUUACAAGAAUUAUCGACUAAACUUCUUGCUGCUCAGGUUAAUCAGAAGAGAGGUAUAAAAGCUCUAAAGUGGAAUACAAUAUGUUUGGAAUUACCACAUGGAUCUUUGAAGUCGGUUUGUUCAGGAAUGGCCCUAGAAUUGAAAAGGCAAAACAAACAUAUACCAGCAUUGCCCAUUGCUUGGGCCAUUAAUGAAAGAUUAAAUGGCCUAUUGCCUACCCUUGUCUUAGAAGGUGGUACUGCCGAUAGAGCAUUAAUGUUUAGUGAAGCAGCGCGGCGUGAUACAUUUUCAAAAUGGCCACAUAUGAAUUACAAAUGGGCACUUCCUGAUCGGAUGGCACAGGCUGGUUUUUAUUAUCAACCUAAUGCAUCAGGAGAUGAUAGAGCAAUGUGCUUUACAUGUAAAGUUUGUUUGGUUUGUUGGGAACCAACGGAUGAACCAUGGUCGGAGCAUGAAAGGCACUCCCCUGCGUGUCCUUUUGUUAAACGAGAAUAUACACAGAAUGUACCAUUAUCUGUUACACUUGCAACUGCUCCAGCACGUGAAUCUAGCAAUGUAGAUAUUAUAGGAACAACAAAUGUUUCUGGCUUAGUAGCUACAGCUUCAUGCAAUGGUCAUGUUAAUGUUUGGAAUGUAACAAAUCAGUUAAAGGGUGAGGUAGCAUUUUACAUUGCACCUUCUGAUCAAGAAGUGAAUAAUAAAGAAACCAUACAGUUUUCCGCUACAAGGAACUUGACCUCUUCAUAUUUAGCAAAUCUUAGUUCAGAUUCUGACCUACUUUCUGAUUAUAAAUCUUUAAUGUCGCAUAAAUUACAAUUAACAGCGCUGUCAACAGUUGGAGCUCCUAAUUCUUUUAAGAAAGACUCCAAAAGUGCUUGUUCAACAACAUCAUCCGUACAAAUGGAUACUUCUGAUUCAAAGAUUAGACCUUGUUUGGUGUGUGGUGUUACAGUGACAGUGACUAAUCCUUCUCAGUUGAGAACUUUAGAAAAUGUGUGGUCAUCAUCAACAGAUCUUGCUUCGUCAUCAUCACUAGUACGAGCAAUGAAUAGUGUAAAUAGUGCUGCCAGUGAUACAUUGGAUAUAAUGAAAGUUGCGGGUGAUAGGUAUGCCCCUUCGAAGUCUCAUUACUUAGUACUUUAUGAUUUUCAUCACAAAGCAGUCUCAACACAGUCUACAAAGGAAGAAAAUUCUAAAGAUUCAAAAAAUAAAAAGACUCUCUCUGGAACUGGAACUAGUGCUAGCUCAAAUGGUGAAAGGCAAGAGAACUUGUAUCCAGAGCUUUUCCUUGGUAAAUUUUUAUAUGAAGUACCAGUUAUUGAAGAUGUAGAUUCGGAUACGGUUGUCGGAUCGCAUUUUGAUGGUACAGUUUCAACAACUGUUCUCACCGCAUCAUCUUCCAAUGGUAUUUAUCCUACACCAAUAGGAAUGACAGUUUCAUCGACUGUAAGUCCAUUUCAUGCUGUUAAUUUAAAUACCAGUAAUGGAGUAGAACAAUUUGCAUCAACAUCUGAUUUAACGGCAAACAAAAAACCUAUUGAUAUGUUAAAAAUGUCAAAGUCAGAACCAGUAGUUAUAAAAACAGUUUCUAUUGAUGCACCGGAUAAUCUUAAAAUUACAUCUAUUAUACCAUCUAAAGAUGGAAAAUACUUAUAUGUUGCAAUGUGUCCAAUAUUAGAAGAUACUGUUAGCGAUUCUUCUCUUACUUCUAUUUCUACAAAAAUGGAAAUUGACGAGGAGCGUACAUUCUUUCCACAAAAAAGUUAUAUGUACUGGGAUCAUCAUGAGACUGGAAGAUUAAUGAAUGGUGAAAUACGUAAUAAUGCAGACAAUACAAAUGUUGUUCUACUCGUUUAUGCUUUGGAUUUCUCAGGAAAAGUAGUCAGAGUUGCAUCAGAACCUAUUAUUAGAAGGGAAUUACCUUCUGAGCAAACUCCGAUUGAACAUGUGCUAUUACCAAUUCAAGAAAAAAAUAAAGAUACAUUACACGGAAUUAAUGCUUCUACUAAUUCUUCCACUAAUUCUAGUGUUCAAGAACCAUUUGGUCAAAUAGCUCUUGUAUGUAGAGAUGGUGUGAUCAGAUUAUUAAAUCUAAGUACCUUAAAAACUGUCAAUGAAGCUAAAUUAGAUAGUCGCAAAUUCAUCUCAGCGGCGUAUUGUAACAGUUUAGAGAGAUUGUGUGCAUGCACUGACGAUGGAGCACUUUAUUUUUUUGUUACUUCAGAAGAAGAAAAUUUUACAGAAGACAAAGAAGACAUUGAGGAUGUUAAUAUGGUUAUAGAAGAUGGUUGCACCAAUGUACAGGAUUCAAUAAUAGCACAUAGGCCAAAUUUAUCAUAUACGGAUUUACGAAGUCUUCAUGAAUUGACGAGGUUUGAUAGACAUUCACCUGCAUACGGGGCUACCGUUCCACCUUGUUGGAGUGAAAUAAUGCAAGCACAAAGACAACGUCGUCAUCCACAACACCAUCAAUCGGAAGAUCAACAUCAUACACGGACGUGGCGCUUACAAAAUGAUACAACCACUUGGGACGAACAUGUAUUCGAAUUAACGUUACCGCGAAGUGCAGCUGAAAACAUAGGACAUAUUGAUGUACAUUUUAAUCUGCAUUCGUUGUGUCAGGAAUUACCAAUAAUACAAGUUACUUUACUCAAGCAAAAUAUAAGAAGAAUUGGGCAUAAAAAAUCUCCACUCACUCCAGUGGAUGAAAGAAUAGAUUUCAACAUAAACAAUGAACAAAAGGGAGAAAAUCCAGUUAUUACAGACGAAUAUCAACGUCAACAUAAUACCGAAAUUUUAUGCGGGCCAAUUGAUUUACAUCAUUGUAUGGAUUUAUCUUGUCGAUCUGGAUGUGUCACUCUUACAAGUCCAAAAUUAUUCCAUUCCAAAGCUAGAACUCUACUUGUACAUAUUAAAGCACUGAUUGACCCUUCAAAAGAUGGGGCAACAAAAUCAAAAAGUAAUUCAUCAGAUAGCAAGCCCCCUACUUCCAAAAAAUUAAGAAUAAUAGAAGUACGACCAUUAGUUCCUGGUAAUACUGUUGAAUGUUAUAUAGGAUGUGAUUGGAUUCAUGAAAUAUCAAUAACUGUGAGAUCAGUAUAUCCUACGAGCAUACCAAAUGCAAAAGCACAAAGAUGUGCUAUGCUAGAAUCUAAAUUAUUUUUCGACAGAUUAUUAAACAUCGCCUGUUUGCAGACGUCAGAUAAAUCCACUGUUACACAGUCUAUUGCAUUAGAUAUUCUUAUAUGGAUAGCAUCAAUAAGAUUAAUCAGGUUACGUGGCGUUCAAAAUAAUGCUGAAAUAAAAGCAUUUCAAUUAGAAACUAUACGUUGUGUUCAAGAACAUUUACCAAAUUUAUUAAAAACCUGUCUUCUCCACGCUGGUAGAAGUAUAGCACAUAAAUGUGUCAAAUUAAUUAUUUUGUGUAGCGGAGGUUUUUACAACUUGGAAGAUCCACCAUCUCAAUCUUUUGACGAAGCUACACUUUCAGUUUUGGUAACUUUGCUACCAUCGAUUGUAGAAGUUCAAUGGGCUGGAUCAUUGAGAUGGCUUCAAUUAUUAAUUACGCGAUUUUUACCAUUAGAUAGGAAUCACAAUGUAGCUCAGCAAUGUGCCACACUAGUGCAGCACAUUGCUGCUGAAAUGUCAAAUAGAGUAAAUCCUUAUCAUUUAUUACUCGCGACAAGAUUCGGCUUAUACAAUACUCCGUUUGAAACAGAACUUUUUGAUCUUGAUCCACCAGUACCAUCCAAAUGCAGUUCAAUGUCUACAACAUAUGCGUCUGUGGUAACUGGCGAUCAAACAAAUUCAGCUACUCCAUCUUCAAAUGCUACAUAUUCUCAGGACGCUAUUGAUUUAAGGGACCUACUUACACUGCCUGCACAUCCAGCUAGUGAACUUAUCGUACCUAGCAAACUAAAGGCUCUUUGUAAUGAUCACAAUAUGAAAGGUCUUCUUGAGGUAGAACCUCUUCAUUUUACUUGUCACGCCGCUUCAGAUGGUACCAAGAUGGAGAAAAUUGGUCCUGGAGUCUAUACAAUGAAUAUUGGAACUACUCUUUAUGAAAGCAAUGCAGCGAAUAACAAUGGUGUACUCGACAUCAUUCAUCGUGCUUAUAGCUUGGAUGGUGGAUCGCUAGGACCAGAUGUUCAGACUAAACCAACAUCUACGUUAUGCGAUUUGCGUAGAGUGUAUACAGGAAGAGUCUUAAAGAAGCCAAUUCCACAACUAUUACUCACAUCUGAUGAACAAUCAGACUGUGAUGAAGCUAACGAUACAUCUGGUGAUAACCAGACUUGGCAUAGCACGCAAAGUGAUAUACCUAAUUCACAUGUAUUAAAUUCUACCAUAUCAAAAGAAAAGUCUUCUGUUCAAAGUAUCAAUUCUGCUGUAAACAAAGUUGAAGACAGCAAUUCUAAAAAGCGAGAAGAUAUUACAUUUCCAUGGGGAAGAUUAUUAAGCUGGCCACCUCAACAGGCAUUAGUGGUUGACAGAAUGCAUUCUGGAGCUCGUCGAUUUGUGGUCCUAGACUUUGGAUCUCCUGUACUACUUACUGAUCUUCUGAUUCCUUCCUGUUGCGACUUGGUGUCAUUGUCUAUAGAUAUAUGGACAAAGAGCGAAGAAAGUGAUGGCACUCGUCUGAUUGUUUCCACAGAUAUCGAAAGUAAACCAUUAGUUAUUUGUGAUCUUCAACCACCACCAGUGUGCAGAUAUCUUAAGAUUACAACAAUUGGUCGUUAUGGUAUGCCUACAACAGCAUGUAAGAUUCCAUUAGGGAUGUUUUACGGGCAUAUGGUUGUUCUACCAGGGGAAGAUUAUUCCGAAUUAAAUAAUUCUCUUCCAGUUCACGAUGAUACAUCAGAUACUUCUUUACAAAAUACUAUCGAUACCCAAUGCAAUAUUUUAUCAGCACUUGCAGAAGAUGUACAGUGCAGAUUUAGCUUAGCCACAGAGAGAUUAAAAAGUUUAUUGGAUCCAUUGUUGUGUUCAGAAAUUCCUAAUGUGAUGCACAUGCAACAUUAUUUGUGUUGUACUAAAACGCCUAAUGAAAAUAAAGAGCAGCCAUCUGCAAAAAUUCUUUCGACGUAUCAGGAAUGUCUAAUGUUUCAACGUCAAUUGAAUAUCGUUCAUGCAGUAAGGCGGCGACUUGAAUCAUGGAGAGGCUCUUCAAACAUGGUAGCUUUAUCUUUCGUAGAUGCACCUACCGAUAAAUUGCGUGUUCUUGGAGAAACAUUACUCGAUAUUCUUCUAUACACUGUAUAUGAAAUUGGACCUGUUCCUAGCAUACCAAUGUCUUUGUGCGAAGUUUUUACACCAUUUACCUGUGAGGAAUUUUUCCAUUCAAUUUGCGUUGUUACGCCAGCACCACGUUUACAACUUCAUGCGGCAACACUUCUUGCUCGUAUGGCAGGUCAUCAACCUUGGUGGGGAAAUUUUUUGUCUAAUACUUUAAUCAAACUUUAUUCAUCUACAUCUACUCAAAUUUUUCCUCAAGAUAGAGUAUUUAUUUUAUUAACGUUUCUUGGACGUAAAUCUUUAAUUGCUGGAGGUAAUAAAUCCUCAGUAAUAGAUGCAAUGGUUCGUACAUUAGGCAUAUUAUUGGCUCCAUUGUCAAUUACUGAGAUACUAAAUCCUAUUCAACUGGAUACAACCCUUAUUGGUUGGGUUCUCCUAUUUCUGUCUGUAUGCUUAGAUACAACAGCGACUCCGCCGUCCUGUUCUGACGAUAAUCAGGAGAAAAAUAAAGAACAAGGUACUUUUUCUCGUUGGGAGUUUAUUCAAGGAGAGUCCGCAAUGCAAAGGAACUAUGUAAAUGCCACUCGUUCGUCAUCUUCUCGUAGUUAUCGUAAAAAAUUGCAAAAACGUCUUAUGCAUCGUAAACAACAACUUCAAGAAAUGGAACAAGCAAAAAAAGCUUUCCACGCAUUUUCACAAGCUUGGACACCACUUUCUCCUCAGCCUGCUACCAUAUAUAGUAAAAUGGAAGCAACAUUAAAAUCUCAGGAGAGAUUUUUCAAAAAAACAUUGAAACAACACUCUACUAAACAUCUCAAAGAUGUUCUUAGUAUGAGAAAAAACGAAUUGCAACACGUUCCUCGUAGUUCACGAAGUCAAUCGCAACCUAGUACAAGUAAAGGAGAGGCGGAUUUGGAAAUCGAAUAUAUGACCAAUCUACCUUAUCAAAGUGUUUUACCAGUGGCUCGUGGUCUUGUAGCUCUUAUUUUACAUAAUUCUUCUAAUGUGGACAUGUUCCUGUUAGCAUGUAAGGUAGUCGCUAGGCUAGUGGUAUCCACACGUCCUGCAAUUAGUUUGUGCGAACUUAUGACCGAAGAACAGCUCUUAAAGUUAGUCAGAUUGGCAACGGGUGCAUCCGAUGCUGCCUGGUCAUCACAUGCUGUUUCGUGUCUUCUACAGGAUUUAUUAGAAGGAGGACGAUUAUACCCAAGACCCUGCUCUACUCACGAGGGAAGUCCGGCUGAAGAUAAUUUUGAAUCUGUAGAUGAAACUCGAACAACAGAGGAAGAUUCAGUAGGUCCACCUGGAACUAGUAACUCUACAGUUACUUUAGGUAACGAUGAAGGAUUUGCUGAAGGUGAUGGAGAUGAGGAUGUUCAAGAUAGUAUUGUGGUAACAACAGCUUCAGCACCAAAAUCUAAUGGUUUUCUGCCUUCGCUUUUGGAAUCGGAUGAUAGUGAACUUGAAGAUUUCUUAGAUGAUAUAUUCGAACGUGGAAAAAAUAUGUUAAAAAAAGGCAGUACAGUUUCUAAAAUAUUAACUUCAGCCAGUUCAGGCAGUAUUUCAUUGGCUAUGGAUGAAAGAUUGGAAUAUGGUGUUGAGAUGGGAGUAGAAAUUUCUUUAAGAAUAUUGUCUACUCUUGGCAUGUACAAUUUACCUCAUAGCAUAAAUUCAACGAUACAUGUUCCAACAGAAACAAAUCGUUUCUGUCAACAAACUUCAACGCGUACAGAUUCUUCUUGGACAGAUAGAGGACAAGAAGUUUGGAAUUUAUCUGAUUCUACUCCAUCUAGUUUAUCUAUGCUAACUAGAUGCUUUGAUAGAAUUUUCACAGAUUUAUACCUACAGAAUUCAAGAACAAAUUUGGAACUUGUACUUCAGUUAUGGUUAACAUUGAACUUAGAUGCUGCUCCUGAACAAUCCAAUUCAACCACUCGAUUUGAUCCAUUUUUAACACCUGUAAUUCCAUUAAGCUCUGCAGCUAUUUCAAGUCUCGUAUCGGCACUUUCUUGGCAUCCAGAUGUUUCUUUACGUGCAUGGUGUCUUGCUUUACAAUGUUUUACCUUAGCAAGUAAUCAGCCAUUACAAACGAAUUGUUCAGAACAUGCGAAUAAUAGACCACUGGCCGAGUUUUACGGUGGUAUGGCUAGCUGUAUCGUCAAAGAACGUAAUAUAGGACCUAUGCUUCUUAGAUUAUUAUCUGGUAGUGGAUUAAAUGUAAAUACUAUGGACAAACAAUAUAUUAUGGCCGGUCCUACAGUAUGCCAGGCUCUUCAAGAUUUUCUUGUUAGAUUAGAAAUGAGAUGUGAUGUAAUAACACCUGGCAGUACUUUGGGUAACGUCUUGAAAGACCUUCUGCUAUGGAUAGUUUAUCAACUUGUACAACCGGGCGGUGCUCUUGUUUGCAGAAGAGGCCCUUUAGAUGCCCAGUGCAAGCUUAUAACCUCGCUUGUUAAUCUUAACUUCGAUAAUACUGAUUUAGGAACAGCAAUGAGUAUAUCUGAGUGUGUUGGCAUGUUGGUUUCAACAUACGUUAGAAGUUCUGGAGUUGGAGCUCAAUGCGGUGGAGCUGUUGAUUUGGCUAAUCAAUCAAGCGGGUUCGGAGGUCUAUUUGCUUGUGUACUUGGUGGUGAUGCUAAACAAGGUCGUCCAGCAUCUUGGGAUACUUUAGUCGUUGCACUCAUUAAAUUAGUGUGUCGAUUCAUUCAAACGCCACUUCCAAAUGCUCGAUCAGUUCGACCAGAUGGUUCAUCGGACAUGGAUUCUGAAAUAACUACAAAUCUACGGAAUAAUAGUAAUGAUCCACAGGUUGAAGUGAAUAUUUCGCAAACAGAUGAAAGUAAAGCUGCUGAACAAACUUCAAUUCGUCUUCAACAAUCCACGAAUAAUAAACCUCGGGUACCUUGCGUCGCAGAUACUGUGUUGCAACACGAGCCUACCAUGAUGCGAUUGUUGGGAGCUCUCGGUUAUAGUAGUGGUUCUUCUCUAGUUAUGCUUUUAGGAGAAAAUGCUGGAACAGGAGCAGCUACAGAGCUUGGGGAUCCGGCUUCGAUAUUAGAUGCGACUUUUCAACUUUUGACUAUUCUUAUGAGAAAAGCUAGUAAUCCAUCUUUUGUCCUUGAUCCUCUCUAUAGAUAUUUAUCAUCAUCAUGUCCACAAACCGAAUUGGAUCGUCAGUUUGGUGUUAUGCAAUUGUCAGAACCACUUUUUUGGUAUAUUAUAAAAGUUUUAGAUAAUGAAACGUCACUAUCGUUAUUUACUAGGAUGGGUGGUGUAAAAGUACUUUGUGAAAAUCUAGUAAAAUCGAGUAUGAGUAAUAAUAACAGCUCAUCGUCUCCUGGUGUAAUUGCGCUAGUAAUGGAGCAUUUGUCAAAUGCAGCAAAUGUGACACCUGCGUCUUCUUCAAGUAGCAAGAAAGCUGUUAAUACAUUAGAAUCUUAUGAGGAUGGUUUAUUGAAUUUUGCACCAUUGGGAACAAUACCUUGGCUGAAUCCAACUGUACAACCAGCCGAUGUUCUUAUACAAAGUGUUGCACCUCAUAGACGAGCAAGAACAGCCACCUGGUCAUAUCAUUUCUAUCCAGACGAAGCAUGGCAUGAUCUUACUAUUACUUUACCUUGUGCCAUACUUCUAAGAAAAGUGGAACUUCAACCGCAUCUUACAUCAUUAGCAACAUGUCCGUCGGCCGUGGCUCUUGAAAUUUCAAGAGAAAGCAACAGCCCUUUGAUACCUGUUUGUCCUCCAAUGCCUACAGCAGGCUUAACAUUCAUACGCCUGACUUUGUCACAACCAGAAGUAGCAACUGCUGUUCUUAUAAGAUUAUACAAACCACGUGAUUCUACUAAUAUUAAUUUAAGUCAAAUAAAGCUAUUAGGCACAACAGCAUUCGGUGAAAUUAAAACGAAUCAUGAUUCCGUGGAUGAAGAACAACUUACAAAAACAAGCUUGGGAUGGUUGCGAUUGUUACAUCAGUGUUUAUCCGUAAGCACUCCAAACAGUGAACUGGUGGCUGAAGUACUUAAUUCUGCAGCUUCGGUUCAAGGUCUUGUCGAGGCAUGUUGCAAUCUUCUAUUACUCCCAGCACCAUCUUUAUUUACUCCCGACUUGGAAAGGGUUCUAUUACAGCUAGGCUUACACUCUCGAGAGCUUGGACUUCGUCUUAUUAAUCUUUUACUCAACAACAGGUCUACUCCUUUCUAUCAAGGCACUGCAGCAACACAAGAAACAUCAGCUAUUCAGUUAGUCGUUGAAUUACUUCAACAACUUUGUUCUAUCCAAGAUUCCAGUACUGAAGCUCGCAUGUCAGCAGUCCUCUCUUGGCUUCAGACAACUGCUAGAGUAUCUCAUUCAUAUACUAGCUGUAAUCCUAAUCCUAGUACUUCACCAACAGUAUACAUCCAUUGUGUAUCAUCAAUAAUUUGGAAGGCACAUCAGCAACAAAAUCUUAAUUAUGAUUUGCAAGCUCUUUUAACUGAUGAUCUUUUUAAUGCUUUAUAUAAAUGGACCUUAACACUUGGAACUAAUUCAGCUUUGAAACAAUCAAUUGAUUCUACUCUUUGCGCGUUCUGUUACGUGAGACCAUCUUUAUUUCCAUUACUUUUACAAAGAGUACGAAUACUGAUUCCAAAUUUGGCAACAGAUCAUUCUGCAUCUAUAUCCGAUGAUCGUAAAGAAAGUAAGAGAAGAACGGAUAGUAGAAACAGUGAAAUUGAUACUGAAGAAUGGUAUUGCCGAUUCGUACUACCAGAAUAUAAACGCUUGGAUUUAACAGAGGGACAAUUAUUGACUGUAGCUGCAACUGCACGAUCACCACCUGGUAUUCAACAAUUAAUCGAUUCUGGAUUACCUGCAUUACUCACUACAUCAAUUAUCGAUUUCUGUAAUUCGGAGAAAUCAAAGCAAUCCCAAAAUAAGACAUUAAUGGAACAAAGUUAUCAGAAUAAUUCUUCAGGAAAUUCAAGCAUAACGGAUAAUGAUAAAACUACAGAAACUUCUUGUUCUUCGAAUAAUCAUGCAGGUGGUGGUUUGAGCAUGACGGAUCCAGAAAGUAUAGCGAUGGUGUUAGAGUUCUUAACGCUCGUUUGUUCAGAAGGUAGAAUGCGCGAUUGGCUUGGAACGGAAGGUCGUGGAUUUUGGUUGCCUUUAUUAUCUCUUCUCAGUAAUCGUCCUAUUGAAAAUCCAUCUGUGUCUUCUAUGAGAUGUUCCAAAACGAAUGUUUCUUAUGCAUCUUUGGAAAGUGCUAUGAUCAAAUUCCUUUCAAGAUGUUGUUGGUGUCAUCGUGCAAAUCAAAAGUUACUUGCUGAACUUCUUAUGGAUGUUAUCUCACAACAACGAACAACGUCCAAUUUACGUUACCUACACGGUAUUUCUGGCUUUACAAGAAGAUUAAUUUUGCAAUUACUUUUGGAGGGUGAAAAAGUAUUGGUAUCUGUAUCUUCUGAGGCGCCUAUGAAAGCUUCCAAUAAUGCGGCAAAUCAAAAUACGCCAUCGAUGCCUCCACAUCCAGCUUAUCCUCUUGGACAUUAUCAUCAAUUGCUUUAUAUGUCUACGCAAUCAACGGUAGCAGAUAUACUUCAACAAGUAUCCGGCACUUGGCUUUUAUUAUUACUACCAAACACUUAUAAAGGAAAUGAAGCUAGCACAAGUGGAGCUAAUCGUUUUCAAAAAUUAUGGGAAUCAGGAAUGGCAUUAGUGGUUGAUACUCUAAGCGUAGCUGCAGGAAAUACAGCAAAAGAUAAAAGAGCAAAAGAAGCAUCCAACAGAUCACAAGCUCGUGGACCUGUAAUACGAAAGUCACGUUUAACUACUGACUCUGCAACAACUACAACAACUAAACCAACAAAUAAUACUGCUCAGACUAAUUCGACGAAUACCGCAAAUCAACAGUAUUUGAUACAUUCGUCACGUCCGAAUACACCUCUUCCACCACAAUUAACUAUUGCUCAGCUUCUUGCAAUCGCUGAAGAUAGUGGAAUAUCCGAGCCUUGUUUACAUCUAAUAUUAAAGCAACGUAACAAAGAUUCAAAAGAAGAUGUAACAAAACAAAGUGACAGCGAGUUAUUAAAUUAUAGGAGUAUAGAAAGUUCUUUGGAUAUAUUUAGUACAGGUGGUGGUUUGGCAGUAUUAGCUUGUCAUCUUCCAUUGGUCUAUCCAGAUCCUGGUAGGCCUUUACCAUUUACAGAAAAAUCACCAUCUCCAGAAGAAACUGAUGCAGAUUGGGUUAAAUUUCCACCUUCGGAUGAGAUUUAUGCUGAUUUGGAAGAAGAUACAACUACAUGUUCGCCAAGAACAGUAUCUCCAGCUCCUUACGUACCACCACAUUCUCUCGCUGCAUUUGGUUUAUUUUUAAGAUUACCAGGAUAUGCAGAAGUAUUGUUGAGAGAUCGAAAAAGAGCGCAGUGUCUAUUACGACUUGCUUUAGGUGUUUCGGACGACGGUGAAGGUGGUGAUGUCUUAACGUCACCGCUAGCUGCUUCCUUACCCACUUUACCAUUCCAAGUCUUAAAACAAUUACUUGAUGCUACGCCUCCGACCACGGAUGAUGGCUUACUUUUAAGAAGAACUACAAUCGACGUAGGAGCUAUGCUUCUUUUGUUAAAUUGUUUGGCCAUAUUCACUCAUCAAACUGGCCAUAAUGAUGGUUUGGAACAAAAAUUAGGCCAAACAGGAGGUCGUAGCGAUGAUAAUUCGCAUUUGUAUUGGGCUAAGGGUACUGGAUUUGGUACGGGUUCGACUCAACAGUCAUGGAAUGUGGAACAAGCUUUGUUAAGACAAAGAUCUGAAGAAGAACACGUUACUGUUCUGGUUCAAGUUUUAGCAAGUUAUAUUGGUUCUGGAAGUCAACCUCAAAGAGAAUUACCAGCAACAUUCCCGGAUCUAUUGGCACGAUCUUGUUUACUUCCAGCGUUGUCUUCGUAUCUACGAAAUGAUUCCGUUUUAGAUGUGGCAAGACACAUUCCCCUAUAUCGUGCAGUUUUACAACUUUUAAGAGCUAUGGCUUUAUCCACUCAAUUAGCUCCUCUUUUGUUACCAAGAGCUUCAAGAUUGGGCGAACAAUCUAUCGUAUCUUUAUUAUCUAAUAUGAGAGUUUGCGUAGAUACCUAUGUGCACAAAAUUAAUCGAACAAGAGGUAACAAAUCCAAAGGCGUACCCAAAUAUCCCGAUGAUACGGAACAAGACGAGGGUUUGGCUACUUUAAUUCCAGAUAUUCAGGAAAGUGCCAUUAUAGUGCAAAAUGCUACAGCAAGAUUAGCGAGUAUCGGUGAUGAUUUACCUGGACCAAGUCCCACGGCUCCGGAAUUACCAUUGCGUUCAGUUGAACAACGUUAUUUAGAAGUUAUGAAAAACUUACGAUUCGAUACGUAUGAAAUGAUAACAGAAAACACAGAUGGGGGUGGAUAUAAAUUUGCUGUAUCUUAUCAUUUUGAAUCUAAUAUGAGAGCGUCAGGCGAAAGAAGUCAUCCAACAAGGAUGAAGCGUUUAGCCCAAGAAGCUGUCACUUUAUCUACUGCAUUACCUCUUUCAUAUAGUAGCAGUGUUUUUGUUAGAUGUGACGCCGAUAGAUUGGAUGUUAUGAAGGUGCUUAUAACGGGACCGGCGGAGACACCCUAUGCCAAUGGAUGUUUCGAAUUUGAUGUCUAUUUUCCUCCCGAUUAUCCAAAUAGUCCUAUGCUAAUAAAUCUAGAAACAACUGGUCGCCAUACUGUGCGCUUUAAUCCUAAUUUAUAUAACGAUGGUAAAGUGUGCCUCAGUGUGCUUAAUACAUGGCAUGGACGACCAGAAGAAAAAUGGAAUGCACACACAAGUAGCUUUCUUCAGGUUUUAGUAUCUAUACAGUCGCUUAUUCUGGUAUCCGAACCUUAUUUUAACGAGCCUGGGUAUGAAAGAUCACGAGGUACAUCGAAUGGAGCCCAAUCUAGUCAAGAGUAUAAUGCGAAUAUUUGCCAAGCUACAGCUAAGUGGGCAAUGCUCGAUCAAAUUCGCAAUCCAUGCCCUUGCUUCAAAGAGGUUAUACACACUCAUUUUUGGAUAAAAAGACACGAAAUCGUAGCGCAACUAGAAGGUUGGAUAAGGGAUAUGGAAUUACGUGGAUCGGAUCGUCGAUUUGGUCCUGCUAUUUCCUUAAAUGCUUUGGCCUUAAGGAGGCAUUAUAGAUUAUUAAGAGAAGAGUUGAACAAACUGCCAACACCGGAAGGUUUAGAAGAUUUGAUCGAACCGCUUCCUUCUCCGGGCUCACCUAUUGAAUUAUCUGGGACUCCGGGUACACCCAGUACACCACCUUCGUCAGUAGGUCCUGCUACCACACUGACUACAUCAAUAAGUAAUACUACUAUCGUCCCCAUUAGCAACACCAGUGCCAGCAACCAUGUACAUCAUGAUAUCGAUACGGAUGUUGAAAUGGAGAAGAUGGUUUCAAAAGUGUGUGAAUAGCUAAAGGAUGUUAAUAGACAUUGUUGGACAUUUUGAAAAGUCUAUUGUUUGUGUUAUGGUGAACAAAUAACUUGACUGAUCGAAAUUGCGAAGAUGUCUUGCUAAGUGAAUUCGAUUACUGGCAAAUUCAUUGACAGUCGACAGUGAUUUUACUUUGAGAGGUAAUAAAUAAAUAUCUUUUUGCGAUUGUGAACAGAUGACGAUGGCUAAAAAAAAUGAUGACGAUGAAAGGAAAUUAGUGUUUGAAAUAGGAUUAAAAAAGAAAAAAAAAAUGAUAAAAAAAAAAGAUAAAAAAAAAGAAAAAACCGUAGAAAGAUGGGAUGGAUACAGAACGAGGGAAAGAGAAUAUGGGAAUGAACAAAAUUGUAUGAGAGAGCAACGGAGAGAAAGCGAGUGUGCGUGCGCGGGAGAGAAAGAGAGAGAGAGAGAGAGAGAGAGAAAAGAGAGAGAGAAAAGAGAGAGAGAAAAGAGAGAGAGAAAAGAGAGAGAGCAUAAACGAGAGUAUGUUUGUAGUUGCUUGCAUACAAAAAAGCGUAAAGAGAAAAUGUAAUGAUCGAAAAUUGUGUGCGAGUGUAAUACAAAAAAAAAACUCUUGUGUGUAGUAGAUACUUUUUAUGGCUGCUGCUAUAUUAUAUGUACUAUGCAUUCUACUACUUCAUACUAUUUGUAAGUACCAGCUCUUACUCAAAUAUUUAUUAUACAUGUUCCUCGUUUAUGUAGCCGAUAUCCCUGCGUGCAAUGCGAUCGAAAUGAUGAAAUAAUAACAUUUAGUUAAAGCAAAAAAACAAGACGACUUAGAUAAAACUGGUUUAAAGUAUUGAAAGAUAAUCUUCGCGCUUCGAGGAACGAUCUGUAAUACAAUGAGUCAUACUACGGAGUAAAAAAAAAUUUGACAUCUUCUAAAUAAAGACCACCAUUUGUAACCGUA